UGUCAGUUUAUUAUACAAGUUAUACUGCUUGACAGUGAUGACGCUGGUGGCUGCAAUUUAUACCAUAGCUUUAAGAUACACAAGGACAACAGACAAAGAACUCUACUUUUCAACCACAGCUGUGUGUAUCACUGAAGUUGUAAAGUUGCUACUAAGUGUGGGAAUUUUAGCUAGAGAAACUGGUAGCCUGGGUAGAUUCAAGGCCUCGUUAAGAGAAAAUGUCUUGGGGAGCCCCAAGGAACUGAUGAAGUUAAGUGUGCCAUCAUUAGUGUAUGCUGUUCAGAACAACAUGGCUUUCAUAGCUCUUAGCAAUCUGGAUGCAGCAGUGUACCAGGUGACCUACCAGUUGAAGAUUCCUUGUACUGCCUUAUGUACUGUUUUAAUGUUAAACCGGACACUCAGCAAAUUACAGUGGAUUUCAGUUUUUAUGCUGUGUGGUGGAGUUACACUUGUACAGUGGAAACCAGCCCAAGCUACAAAAGUCACGGUGGAACAGAAUCCAUUAUUAGGAUUUGGCGCUAUAGCUAUUGCUGUAUUGUGCUCAGGAUUUGCAGGAGUGUAUUUUGAAAAAGUUUUAAAGAGUUCAGACACUUCCCUUUGGGUGAGAAACAUUCAGAUGUAUCUAUCAGGGAUUGUUGUGACAUUAGUUGGUGUCUACUUGUCAGAUGGAGAUGAAGUUAAAGAAAAAGGAUUUUUCUAUGGUUAUACAUAUUAUGUCUGGAUUGUCAUCUCUUUUGCAAGUGUUGGAGGGCUCUAUACUUCAGUUGUGGUCAAGUACACAGACAACAUCAUGAAAGGCUUUUCUGCAGCAGCAGCUAUUGUCCUUUCUACCAUCGCUUCAGUGGUGCUGUUUGGAUUGCAGAUAACACUCACCUUUGCUUUGGGUACACUUCUUGUAUGUAUUUCUAUAUAUCUUUAUGGAUUACCUAGACAAGAUACUACAUCCAUUCAACAAGGAGAAACAGCUUCAUCGAAAGAGAGAGUCAUUGGUGUAUGAUGUCAGCCUUGAAGAUUCUUAAGUAAGAACUUUAAGACUAAUCUAUUUUCAUUAAACUAGAGCCUUAAGUCAGUUCCAGAAAGUAGCUUAAGUCAACAAAAACACCAAAUUAACUGUGGCAUCUCAGUGAAUUGCUUCAAAGAUUUAAUGUGACCUGUUCAAGGUCAACCUGUUUCAGAAUGAAGGAAUUUAUUUCAUUGUAUAUAAAAAUGUACAUAUGAAGUAUGGAGAUAAUGGUGUCAAAAGAAAAAUCAUGUGACACCUCAAUAUUCAAGUAACAAGGUUUGGGACAAUGUUAAGUUAGAAAGUGCCAAAGCCAUUUCUCUACUAACUGAACUCUUGUUCAGGUACCAGAGAAGAUGAACCCUUCUUGCUCAACAAUUCACAUAUAGCAUUUUGUCUCAGUGGCAGUAAAGACCUCAUCUUUUUCUUAUAAAAGGGAGGCUAGUUCAGAAACAAACUGAAUCUAUUUCAUAAUGCAGAGAAUGAUUUCUGGGUGGUGACCAAGUAAUCCUUCAAGUGCUGUAUUUGUGCCAUUCAUUCUCUGGAUUCAGAUUUCUUUGCUGGUCUUUAGACCUUCAAAACUUUCUAAAUGUCACUUUUGUACUUUUUUUAAUGAAGUAUGUUAAACUGUGGGACUCAGCAAUUUGUGAAAUUUCUGUGUUUUUUAAAAAAUGUUUCUAUCAUGCUAAUGGGGAAAUUCAGCAAUAAACUUAA